AUGUCGGUCCAAAGGUCGGUAAUGACAACCCACUCCCACCGUAGUUUACAACCCUCACUCCAGGAAAGACAGCACACAGACAAGCAGCAAGAUGAAGCACCUGCUGUUUUGGGGGAUUGCUUUUGCUGCAUUCCACAUCAGCCAUUCAAAUACUGCAGCUUUCUGUCAAUUGCCCUAUAAUGAAGGUGAAGGCUCAAGCUUUAACUUUGCUCUGUAUUAUGACGCCGCCAAAGAUCAGUGCAAUCCUUUCCUAUACAAAGGCAAAGGAGGAAAUGCCAACCGUUUUCAAAAUGAAAAGGAGUGCAUAAGAAACUGUUCCGCCAACGCAGAAAAUAUCUAUCCCAUGGAUGUCUCCAAAGCAUGCCACUUAAAAAAGGCCACAGGUGAUUGUAGUGGUCAGUUUUUGAGAUACUACUACGAUUCAGUUCACAACAAAUGCAAAAAAUUCCUUUGGUCUGGAUGCAUCGGAAACGGAAACAGAUUUUUUGACUAUAACAGCUGCAACACCACCUGUGAUGGAAUCCACGAUGAUGGUGAUGAAGAGGAGGAGGAUGAGCCAGACACUCCUAUUGCAAUCAUCUGUGGAGUUCUGCUUGCUGUCAUUAUUGUCGCUGUCAUCAUAACUGUGAUUGUCUUGACAGUUAAUUCAAAGAAAAAGGACUCCAAGAAAAAGGCACCAGGGAAAAGUAGAGACCCCCAGGCUGGCUCACCUCUUCAGGAUCCGGCUAUUGAAAUGGCAUAGAAAAUCAUGUCACCUCCAUAGCAACACAAGCUUGGUUUUGUAUUAUAACUCCAGUAGUCAUCAUACCAAAUAUAUCAAUUGAUUACAAACAUUCAAGUUCAACUUAGAUUUUUUUACUGACAUAUGUAAUAGCUAUGACAAUUUUGUUAAAUUUUCUAUUUUGUUUCACAUCCACAUGUGCAGAGUGAUAUUUCUUAAGUUGUAUUUUUUUCCUGGGAGCUUUAUCCUAUACUUUCAUUCAGAAAACCAAAAUAAAUCUGAUUAGUCAAAGUGAAAUCAAAAGAAACCAGAGUUGAAACAAUUAGUCAAUUAACUGAUUAGUCAAUCGACAGAAAAUUCAUCAGCAACCAUUUUGUUGAUUAAUCAUUUUUCCAAGAAAAAUUUCAGCUUUUUAGUUGUGAAGAUGUCCUGUUUUUCUUUGUCUUUUGUGAUAGUAAACUGAAUGUAUUUGGGUUUUGGACUGUUGGCCGGACAAAACAAGCAAUUUGGGAUCCAGGAAAUUGUGAUAGACGUUUCUCAAGAAUUUCUGACACUUUAUAGACCAAAUGAUUAAUUGAGAAAACAGUCAGCACAUUCAUUAUUAAUGGGAGUGAUUGUUAAUUACAUACCUAAAAAAAACACACAUCCAUCACUCUGAUUUGAAGCAAAUCAGUGUUUGUUUUUUUUAACAUUCAAGCAAAAGCAGGAGCAGAACUGCGUCAUUCCAGGUUUAGGUACUCAUCUGUUUGUGCACAAUUACCUGAAAUGCUUUUAACACUGUAGUCUCAUAAUCAUUUCAGUGUUUCCAAAAUAUAACUUCAUCAUCACCUGGCUCAGUGAUUUGCUGAAAACUGUCUUCUGAAGGCACGUGCCAAUUCAAAACCCAACACAUAUAUUUAGAGCUGUUUUGUACAGUGAUGCCCACUGCAUAAUCUCUGUUAAUAUAUUUUCCUGCUCAGCAUUUGUGAAUCUCAACAUGAAAGUGUCAAAAACAACCUUUCACAUUUUCUCACAUUUAUCUUAAAAUGUAUGACUGUAAUACCAUUAAAAGCUCAUGCUCA